GUAAAUAAAUGUAGACCAAAACCAUUGGUAAACCGAUGGCUUGAGGUAAAUAAAAAUAGACCAAAACCGAUGGUAAACCUAUGGCUUGUGGUAAAUAAAACUAAACCAAAACCAAUGGUAAAUAAAUGGCUUGUAAAUAAAGGUAGACCAAACCUAGAGUUAAACUGCAACUGGCAACGGAAAAGUAUAUACAUUAUCUUGAUUGGGCUUUCAUCACUUCCGGCAGAAUACAAACUAACCAGACAUCUCAUUUUCUUUCUGAAAAAUGAUACGUAUAGUUUAAAUUGA